AUGGCGGACGGAGGCGAAAAUUACGAGGAGCUCAUCCCAGCCGAUACACCGGCAGACGUUGAGAUGGGGGGAGAUGUACCGGUCGUUGAAAUCGAAGCUGCUGGCGAGGCUGAGGGUGGAGACGGCGACGGCAUGCCAUUCCAGGGAGAACCAAUGGAGGAGGUCGCGGCUCGAACAACUUACAUAGACUACCUGAAGAGUCCGGUUAUCAGUUUAUUGGUGGGACAAGGCGAUGAGCAGGCUCUCUUGACUGCUCAUCAAGCUCUCCUGGUCAGGAGCCCAUGGUUUGCCGACGCAUGCGCCAAGUUCAGCGAUGAUGUCUCCGAGCGCGCAAUUGACCUCGUUGACGAAGAUCUCGAUGCCGUUGGAUGCUUCCUCGAAUUCCUCUACACUGGCGACUACUUCCCGCGCAAGAUUGCUGGCUCCCGCGACCUCGAGAGAGACCCAAGCACGCCUGAAGUCGACGAAUCAGGCGAUCAGCUCUUGAAGCAUGCGCGAGUCUAUACUCUGGGCGAGACGCUCAACUUGCCAGCACUCAAAUCUCUUGCAUCCUCGAAGAUCCACUGUGUCAACUCUACCGCAAAGGGCGAGAUCGCAUACGCCAGAUACGUCUACGCCCACACGCAAAAGGACGACACAACUAUCCGUGCCCCAGUCGCCAACUUCUGGGCUACUCGCAGUCACACUUUGCGCGCCGAGGCCGAGGACGAGUUCCGCUCAAUGUGUUUGGAAUUUCCCCAGUUCGGAUACGACGUUCUAACCCGUGUGCUGGACGAGAAGCUCAAGCGCGAGAAGCAGGAGAAGAUGCACCCGACUCCAGGGAGUUCUCGCAAACGUCCUCGCGCAUAA